AUGGUCAGGAGAUCACAAAUUAAAGGUGAUGAGAGUAUGAUAUGCAUGAGCUACAAAAAGUUAGCAGAGGAUGUAAAGCCACAAAGUGUGAUCCUCUGUGCAGAUGGCACAAUCACCUUUACAGUUUUGUCUUGUGACAAAGAGAACGGUUUGGUACGAUGCCGCUACGAGAACACUGUUGUUCUUGGUGAAAGAAAGAAUGUCAAUCUCCUGGGAGUAAUUGUGGAUCUGCCAACAUUGACAGAUAAAGACAAGGAUGACAUUUUAAACUGGGGAGUUCCGAAUCAUAUUGACGUGAUUGCGUUUUCUUUUGUUCGUAAGGGUUCAGAUCUCGUGGAAGUUCGGAAGCUGCUAGGUGAACAUGCAAAGAACAUUCUUUUGAUGUCUAAGAUAGUUGUUCGUGCUGGUGGACUUUCACAGCGGUGGCCUAAUCGUUUUUAA